AGGAGGUGCGUCGAGUGCGCACACGUCAUCACUACGCGGUGCAAUUUAGCACAAUCUCAAACCGGCCACCUCCUCCCCCAAUUUUUCUAACCUAGGCCUCUCUUCCGCCUCUUUUAUCAUCCUUAACGCACCGCUCUUUCUCCUAACCCUAAUUUCUUCUUUGCCACCGGCAUGUCAACCCCCGAUGACGAGUCCCCCGUCGCCACCGCCAUCGAUCCUUCCACACCACCACUACCAGGAGAGUCCCGCCUCCGUGCUGGACCGACGAGGAGACCGCCGCGCUCGUCAAUGCCUACAAAGACAAGUGGUUCGCCCUCCGCCGUGGGAACCUCCGUGCGGCUGACUGGGACGACGUGGCCGCGUCGUUGCCUACCUUUGGAGGUCCGGCGAAAACAGCCACCCAAUGCCGGCACAAGAUCGAGAAGCUCUGGAAACGUUACCGCGGCGAGAAGCAGCGUAGUCUUACCAAACCAGGCAAGUUCUCUUCCUCGUGGGAUCUGUUCCCUGUUUUGGAUGCUAUGGAGUUUGCGUCGGUGACUUCCACGGCCGUUGAACCGAACGAUCAGGAUGUGGAUCGCGAGAACGAGAGUAACGGUGUGGAUGGAUUUAGGGUUAGAUCGAAGAGAUCCUUGGUGAGUACGCCUCGUGACGGGUUUGGGGUUAGAUCUAGGGUUAAGAGUCAGAUGAGAAUGUACGGUGGUUUUAAACCUGAGUUUGAUUCAGAUAACGAUUCAGGAGGUGGGUUUGGAUCGAAAAGGAGAUACAAUGGACAUCAAAAGUUCAAUGCUGAUUCUGAUGAUGAGAUUUUGUUAGCCCCCAAGGCAACUAGGCUUAGGGGUUCUCAUGGGAAGCUUUCUUCAGGCGAGUUUAGCAGCGGCGGUGGUGGAUUUCCAUUGAAGUCGUAUGGUGAUCGGAGUUUCGCUUCUCAUGGGUUUAAAGCCAAGAACUUCAAUAACAAUUUCUCUCCAGAGAUGGAUUAUGAUGAUGAUGAGAGGGAACGAUUCAACCCGAGAAUCCAAAACUCUAGGAGGGUCAACGGUUAUACCUGGAAGGACGGGAGCUAUCCAGGUGUCUCCAAUGGAUAUGGAUCGUCUUCUAGGUUAAAGCACGAGCAGAUGAAUGAGUCUGACCCGAUUAAUGAAGUUGUGUCUUCGGUGAAGAUGUUGACGGAGAUGUUUGUGAGCGUGGAGGAGUCGAAGAUGGAGAUGGAGAAGACGAGAAUGGAGAUGGAGCUCAAGCAUUGUCAGAUGAUGCUUGAGUCGCAGCAGCAGAUCAUAGGCGCGUUUGUUGAAGACUUGAAGCAUUGAGCGAGAAAAAAUGCGCAAACGCAAGGAGGCCGUGGUCGCAGUUUCUUAUUAACGUGAACGUACCAAAUAUGGAUGGUAUAAUUAAUGGGGGAUCACAUGGCUUUUGAGUGUCCAGCGUGGCUCAAGCACAUCUUCGACAGUGAGAUAAUCCCUCCCUCUUCAAGGGGUUACUAUAAGAACUUUUACGAGUUGUUGAGUACGGAUAGUGUGUAGUGCUCUGU